UAACAGAGACAUCUCUGUAUAUUAGUGUUCUGCUGUAAUCAGGGACAACUUUCUCUGGCUUUAAUAUUUUAUAAUUUUACACGUUAAUUACACUAGAAUAUAUAAGUGAAAAACGGAAAAAUGGAUUGUUUACCAAUUAGAGCUAAAUGUAUCGUGAACCUGAUGAAGACAUUAAAUACCGCUAACAGAACUUCUACUGAUGAACUAGACUUCUGCGAAGAGAAAACAGAUGAUCUUUUGAAAGAAUUGCAUCUUACAUAUGAAGAAAUUUGGGAUUCUGUUUCUGAAGACUUCAGAGAGGAGGCUGUAAAUCCUAAGCUAACUCCCGAGUGGAAGUUUAUGUGUAUCAGUUUUUACUAUUUAAAGUUGUUGAAAGAACAAUUGGCGAAAAAUUUUAUGAUCAAUGGGCAAGACAUUAGAUUAUUAUGCAAAUGUGUUGAGAAUAUGAUAGACAUUGGAAUAUCUCAGAACAUAUUGCCUAGUUUGCCAUUUUAUAAGCCACUUCGAAAAGUUGACAUAGCAGUAGUAGAUAAAUUCCAUAUGCUGAAAGCAAGUGUUCUAGGGUUAUAUUUUCAUACAUUCCGUACAUCACUUCAUGGCCACUUAUUCCAAUCAUAUUUAUCACAACUGCUUGUUGGGCUAUUUCAGUUAGGUUAUUGUCCAGUUAAAAAGCCUUCAGAUAAAGAACAUGGUACCUUUGUAAUGACAAAUGAUUUUUAUGAUGAAGUUAUUGUUACUCAGAGUCAUUGCCAGGAGAUUUUAUCAGUAAUCCGUAAAAAAGUUUUGCUACCACCAUUUAUUUUGUCUCUUUCAAAGCUUAUGAAACCUUCCAACCCAAGAUGGUUCACUGAGGUAAUUGUUUCAAAUCUGAAUAUUACUUUGACACAUGAAAACGGUAUUAGAGCUUUACUUAUUUUGAUGAAUGGAAUUCAAACAAAAGAGUCCUCAGAUAAACCAGUAGUUGUUCUUGGACGUUUAGUCAGUAUGACUUCACAAACUGAAGAUUUUGAGUUGAGGAUACUACCGCAAAUUAAUUUUUUACUCCGCAAUGAAGGGGAUAAAGGAGAAAUAUUUCUUUUUGGAGAAAUUCUGAAACAUACUUAUAAAAGUGAUAUAGUAAAAGGAUGUAUUAUUCUAGAGACAUUACUGUUUCCAUUCAAAGAAUUAGUCAGAAACUCUGGUAUUUCCUCAACAAAAAAACAUAUACUCCCAUUUACUUUAAAAAAUGGAAUUAAGGUUAUAUCUUAUGCAUUCUUGAAUAGCAUUGACAAAUUACCCAUGAAACUCAUCAAAAAUUAUGUUGGUAUUCUCUUCAAUAUUUAUAUGUUCCUGGAAGAUAGCAAUUCGUUAUUGCUUAAAGAUUUACGAAGUAUUCUCAUAGAAUAUUUCAAUGAUAUUGAUAAAUCUGAAAGUUUCCAGCUAUUAGAAAAUUUAUUAUUUGAUAUGGGAAGAAGUGAAUAUUAUAGUCCUCUAUACAAGUUGGAUAUAAGGGCAGAUAAAAAUAAUCUUAAAAUCAGUUUUGAUGAAAAAAAUUUGAAAUAUGACAUUCUCCUGAGUGCAAGAAGUAUUCUAUCACUAUUUAAGCAUGAAUCUGAUUUGAAGAACCUAUACUUCACAUUUCUAUUGAGCUGUCUGGUGGAUUCUAAGAAAUACUUUCCGGAUGUUUCAUUGUUAGUUGCGGAAGAUGAAGGAUAUUUGUCUACUUUCGAAAGGAAACUUGCUGUCUUCGAAAUGUUGAAUUUAUUAGCAUCCAGUGACACAGUGAAAAAAUAUUUCAGAGAAAAUAUUCCUGAAGAACUACUCAAUUAUUUCAAUGAGUUAUUUAAAAAUGCAAUUCAAACAGGUGCUCAUAAUAACCCAGAGCAUGAUGAUUAUCAAUCAAUAUUCACAAUUGCCAUUGUUUUACAACAAGUUUUCAAUGGAAAAAGUUGCAGUUUGAAAGGUUCUGAGUUCCGGAAUACUGUAAAGCUCCUUCAUGAUGAAACAAAUAAUGAUGAGUUGAAAAAAUUACUCAAUCCAAUUCUGGAAGAACACGAAGUUGAACAAUCAAUACCAACAGAAGUUGAUGAAGUAGAGGAGAACGUCCAGUUUGUUCUCUCUGAAAAUAUUGAAACUCAAGGUCAUGGAUUGAUUAUGCUGAAAAAAAUGAUAAUUUCAAGACAUCCACAAGCUGUUGAGAGGAAACAAUUUAUUUUUACCAUUUUCAAGGAAAGACUGGCACAUCGAGAUACUUAUAUAUACCUAGCUGCUAUCAAUGGGCUUGCUAGCUUUGCUGAUCUCGGAACAGAGAGCACAAGCAUGGUCUUGAAUACAUUAUGUGAAGAAUAUCGAGACUUUCCCACUGAGGAAUUUGGUCCUGAUGCCACAGAAAUGCGUUUGAAAGUUGGAGAAGUAUUGGUCAAAGUUUCAACAAAACUAGGUGAAAUGGCUCCACAUUAUAAGGCAUUACUUUUGAAUACUUUUCUAUGUGGCACAAAAGACGAAGAUCAUUUUGUGAGGACAUCUGCACUUUCGAAUCUGGGAGAAAUUUGCAAAGUCCUAGGUUAUAAGUUGGGAUCAAUUGUCACCGAGAUUUUAGUGUGCGUCAAUGGCAUCCUGAACUCGGACAAACAUAAAGAACCUAGACGUGCAGCCGUCUUCGUCAUCAGACAACUGCUUGUGGGGCUGGGCAAAGAUAUGCUCUCAAUAUUGAAAGACGAUAUCCUUGUUGUUUAUAGAACAUUAAAGUUUCUGCAUUUUGGUGACGAGGACCACGUAUUGAGAUUGCAAUGUGAAUUGGCUAUUAAAGAGGUGGAUAAUAAUAUGAAAGAGAUUCUGGUUCCUCAAAUUGAGUUGAAUAAAACAGAAAAAGUUGUUGUUUUGAGAUAAGAUCACAGAUUUUAGAUGGAUGGAAAAAUGUGUAAAGAUUUAUUGAAUUGUACAUAUAAACAUACAAUAAAUAUUUCAUAAAUAAUGAA